UGUUUAAGACAUUUUGUAAACUGGACACGGCCAAAGGCCUUGAUGUUGGCACUUCUCACACCACUGACAAGUCCGCUGCACAAUUUGUGUCUGCUAUUGCAAAUGUGGAAAGGAGAAGGGUAAUUCAGAAGAUUGAAUCAUGCAAAUUUUUGAGCUUAACUAUGGAUGGGGCCACUGAUUUUUCUGGAGACGAUCUUGAAAACAUUUAUGUGAGGUCGUGCAACGAUGGAAAUAUUGAUGACAUGUUUCUGUUUAUUGGCCCAGCCCAAUCAUCUACCAGUAAAGACAUUUACAAUAUGUUACACGAAGUCUUAAGAGGUUUGAAUGUGGAACAUGUGGUACGACAAAAACUGGUUGGCUUCACAGCUGAUGGAGCAUCCAACAUGCAAGGAAAAACGUCUGGUCUAGUUGCUCUUCUGAAAGAGGACUACCCAUGCAUUAUCACAAACCACUGCUUAGCUCACAGGUUGGAAUUGGCCUUUAAGGACUGUGUAAAAGAGGCAAGCCCCAAGCUGUAUGAUAAGUGUAUAACCCUCCUUUUGGGUCUAUAUUACCUGUACAGAAAAAGCCCGAAGUCAAAGAAAUCUUUAUAUAGAGCAUUUGAUGCUCUUGAACAGAAAGUCCUGCUGCCAACACGAGUAGGGGGUACUUGCUGGUUGCCACACAUACACAGAGCAUUGCAUGUUUUUCUUAGAGGCUAUACUGUGUUUGUCUAUCACCUGCAAAAUUCCUCCCAUGACAAUGCAAAAUGUGAAGGCCUGGCUAAGCUGGCGACAGAUGGACAUGUUGUGGUUCAUCUUCUGCAUCUCAGUGAGGUUGUUGGUGUUCUACAAAGACUGUCCCUUGUACUGCAGAAAAGUGAACUGAGUUUAGCUGAUGCCUGUGCCAGAGUGGAUGCUACCGUACCUUAGAAACUC